AUGCACAGUCACAAUUGGCAUGAAAAUUCAUACAUCUAACCGAAGACAGAUCAUUCAAACCUUGGAUGAUAUGGUCACGGCUUACGUUCAUUUCGUUUUUUCACAAUUGUCACUGCUUACGUUCAUACAACAAUUUUGAAUUUGGACAAUGAUCCAUCUAGAUGCAUACCUCCCAUGAUAAGAUGGCAGCUUACACAUUUUUCUUAACUUUCACCCUAUUAGUUCUAUAAAGCGCACUCUGGAAACGUCUGCCACUGCAAGCUUUACUUUUUGCCCUACAUCAAUCAUCAAUGGCUGCAGCUCCAAGUGAGUACAUACCCUCUGUAUAUGGGGCUUGGGUCUAUUCAGAGUAUGGAAAAACUGCAAAUGUUCUGAAAUUUGAUCCAAAUGUGGCUGUUCCUGAAAUUAAAGAGGACCAGGUGCUGAUCAAGGUGGUUGCUGCUUCUCUUAACCCACUUGAUUCCAGAAGGGCUCUUGGUCUCUACAAGGACAUAGAGGGUGAUACUACCUUACCUACAAUUCCAGGGUAUGAUGUGGCUGGUGUGGUGGUGAAGGUAGGAAGCCAAGUGCAGAAGUUUAAGGUGGGGGAUGAAGUGUAUGCUUGUUUGAGUAAUAGCAAUGAGAUUCCCCAAUAUCAUGCUAAGAAUAGCCAUGGGGAUCUCAAUGAGAAAGCAUUGGUGAAACCAAACAGGCUGGGGUCUUUGGCAGAGUACACUGCUGCAGGAGAAACCAUGUUGGCUCUCAAACCCAAAAAUCUGAGCUUUAUUGAAGCUGCUAGCCUUCCCUUAGCUAUUGAGACUGCGUAUGGAGCGCUUGAAAGAACAGAGCUUUCGGCUGGUAAAUCCGUCCUUGUUUUGGGAGGCGCUGGGGGUGUUGGAACACAUGUGAUUCAGCUUGCUAAACAUGUUUUUGGGGCAUCCAAAGUAGCAGCUACUGCAAGCACUAAAAAACUGGAUUUGUUAAGAAGCUUGGGUGCGGAUUUGGCUAUUGAUUACACCAAGGAAAACAUCGAAGACCUGCCAGAGAAAUUUGAUGUAGUCUAUGAUGCAGUUGGGCAGACUGACAAGGCAGUGAAGGCGGUGAAGGAAGGUGGGAAGGCAGUGACAAUAGUCAUAGGUCCAGUAACUCCUCCGGCGUUCAGAUUUGUGCUCACCCCUACAGGGUCUAUCUUGGAGAAACUGAAGCCUUACUUGGAGAGCGGGAAGGUGAAGCCAGUACUUGAUCCCACAGGUCCAUAUCCCUUUUCUAAAGUUGUUGAAGCACUUGGUUACCGUGAGACUUAUAGAGCUACAGGAAAGGUGGUUGUGUACCCUAUCCCAUGAGAUUGAGACUUGCUGUGUCUAUAUUAAUCUAGGAUUCUAUUAAAGAUUUAGUCCAUUUUCACUGUGUAUGCAGCAGUUGCUUGAAGACUUGUAAUACGGGGAUGUAGGAGAUGCUUGUUUAAUAUGUAGAAUAAGAGCUUCUUUACUUUC